AUGUAUCUCUCCUCGCCUUUCCGUCAUCUCUACGCCAAUUUAUCUUCACCUUCAUCCUCAACCUUCAAAACCCUACCCUUACCACCAUCAUCCUUCCCACUUUUAUCCUUUCCCCUGAAAAAACUCCGACUUGAGAAAUCAUAUAUCGUUCAAUCCACCCCCACAAAACCCUCUUCCCCUGAACCCUCCUUACAAACUACAUCCGGCUCUCAAGUCUUCGAAGAACUCCCUCAAAAGCUUCAAGAAAUCGCAAAACUCUUCCAAUCCGUACAAGACCCAAAAGCCAAAUACGAACAGCUCUUGUUCUACGGGAAAAACCUUAAACCGCUUGAUCCCCAAUUCAAAACUGAAGAGAAUAAGGUCAAAGGUUGUGUUUCUCAGGUCUGGUUAAGGGCUUAUUUUGAUGAUUCUCAUAAGAAAACUGUCAUCUUUGAAGCUGAAUCUGAUGCUUUAAUCACCAAAGGCUUAGCUGCUUUACUGGUUCAAGGUCUUUCUGGUUCCACUGUUCAAGAAAUCCUCCGUAUCUCGCCUGAUUUUAUUACGCUUUUGGGUUUGAAACAGAGCUUGUCUCCUUCAAGGAACAAUGGGUUCUUGAAUAUGUUUCAGUUAAUGCAAAAGAAGGCAUUGAUGUUGUACGUUGAAGCCGAGAAAGGAAUUGAAUCAACAACUGGGAUUGUUGAAAACCCCCAAAACAAUGUCGAUUCUGGUUCAAUAAGUUCUGAUUUUCCAUUAAACACUGAUUCAGAUGUUGUUGAUUCAAAGUCAAAUGAUUUGGUAUUAGGAAGCAGAGGACAGAGAAUUACAGAGAUUUUAAACAAAGAGCUGCAACCUAUUCAAUUGGAAGUAGAAGAUGUUUCAUAUCAGCAUGCUGGUCAUGCAGGUGUGAAAGGUAGCAAUGGUGAGACACAUUUCAAAUUGAAGGUGGUUUCAAUGUAG